GACAUUUCCCGCCAUCAAUUUGAAUAAAACUUGACACUUUCAUAACCCAUCUUUAAUACUUUCUAUUUUUUUUGGAUGUAAUCAGAAAACAGUUUUUAACAUUUUCUUUUACAUGACGUGAUUCUAUAAAAUACCAUUUGACAAAUAAUGGAUUCCUUCUUAAAAAGAAAAAAUGUAAAUUCAGAUAACAAUGAUGUUAAGAAAAUUAAAAAAGAAAUUUGCCCUCAUUCCUUGAAGUGUUUUAGAAAAAAUCCUCAUCACUUUAAAGAAUUUGAUCAUCCUCACCUUACAAAGCUUAUUGAAACCAAUACACAGAUCGAAAUACCAAGUGAUUAUCCUCAGCCCAAAAAUAUAUAUUUAGAACAAAUCAAUAUAUUAAAACCACUAUUAAAAAUGAUGUCAAAUAAAUUGAUGUCUUCUUCUGAUAUAAAUUUACCAUCAACAAGUUCUUCAUUUAAUGAAAAUUCAAUUAAUCAUGAACAAACAGAUAAAGAUGCAACAGAUAUAAAAGUGAAAUCUGAAAGUACGAUUAAAAGAAAAAACAGCCCAAAGGAUAAUUUGCAAGAAAAAAAUCAUACAGAAUCAAAAAUAAAACCACUACCUGGAACUAUGUUAGAGAAAUUGGAAAGAAAUGCACCAUAUAAUAUAUUUUUUACUACUAUUAUUAAAGCCCCCCAAACUAAAGAUCAACCCAACUCCAUAACUUUUACAGAUUUAUUAUGUCCUAGUCUUGGUGCCUUGAAGUGUUCUUUACAAAUAAAUUUCAUGAUUGAUAUUGAUUGGUUGUUGAAGCAGUAUAAAGAAAGAAAUCUAAGUUCAAAACCACUAACAAUUUUGUAUGGGGAUGAUUGGCCAGAUAUGGAAAAAUUUAUAAAAAUGUUUUGUCCUAAUGUUACCAGCAAACUAGUGAAAAUGAAAGAUCCUUUCGGAUGUCAUCAUUCGAAAAUAGGAAUUUAUGUUUAUGAAGAUAAUUCUCUUAGAGUUGUGGUUUCAACUGCAAAUUUGUAUUAUGAGGACUGGAACCAUUACAACCAAGGAUUGUGGGUUAGUCCUACUUUACCAAGAUUGUCAGAUUCUUCUUCAGAAAAAGACGGAGAAUCACCUACACAAUUCAAGACAAAUCUAUUGAACUAUUUAAAAAGUUACAAAGAAUCUAUUUUGGAACCAUUUAUACAGUAUGUACAGAAAGCAGAUUUUAGUGCUGUUAGAGUAUUCUUAAUUUACUCAGCUCCCGGAAAGUAUUAUCCAAAUAGUAAUGGCAGUCAUUUACAUGCUGUUAGCGAUUUACUUUGUCGGCAUGUUGAUUUACCAGCUAAAACUACUCCCCAAAGUGAAGGACCUCUGGCUUGGGGUGUAGUAGCUCAAUCAUCAAGCUUAGGUGCCAUGGGGAAAAAUCCUGGGGAUUGGUUAAGGGGUUCCAUUUUAAGGUGCUUGGCAAGCUAUAAAGGAAGUAAAAAACCCAUGAAUUCUAAUGCCAGUAUUAGCAUUGUAUAUCCCAGUGUUGAUAAUGUGAUGAAUGGAUAUUUUGGUCAUGAAAGUGGUGGAUGUUUGCCCUAUUCAAAGACUACUAAUGAAAAACAAAAGUGGUUACAGGAUUAUAUGUAUCAAUGGAAAGCUGAAUCUUAUGGUCGUACCCGAGCGAUGCCACAUAUAAAAACUUAUUGUCGAAUUUCUCCAUGUUUAAGCAAACUGGCUUAUUUCUUAUUGACUAGUGCCAAUUUAUCGAAAUCUGCUUGGGGAGGUCCUUUCGGAAAAGACAUGGGGGUUUAUGUGAGAUCUUAUGAAGUCGGUGUAUUAUUUUUGCCCAUAUUUUUUGAUGAAGAAUAUCUUGAAAUUAGUAAUACCAAUAACAGGAAAAAUAAGAAUUUGUUUCCUUUUAUGUAUGAACUUCCAUUAACACCGUAUAAAAAAGAUGAUUAUCCAUGGUGUAAUUAAUUUUUGUUAUCUAUUUUUUCAAUAAAGUGUAUACCAAA